AUGGCACAUGAAUUUCAUGGGGGAGAAAUCGAUAGUAGUAAAGAUGGUCUGAGCAAUGAACAAGACACCCAAAUGUUGGCACAAAAGUUAGCUCAACAUAUUGCAAAAGGCGUGAUUUAUUUAAUCGGUGACUUGGGGGCAGGUAAAACCACACUUACACGCUAUUGGUUGCAAAGUUUAGGUCAUAAGGGUGCGGUUAAAAGUCCAACAUAUACCUUGGUGGAACCUUAUAAUAUCAAUGCGAAAGAGGUGUUUCAUUUUGACUUAUACCGUUUAAAUGAUCCUUAUGAGCUUGAAUUGAUGGGUAUUCGUGAUUAUUUAGAGGUCGAGAAUGCUUUAUUCUUAUUUGAAUGGCCUUCUAAGGGCGGUGAUGAAAUUCCACAGCCAGAUCACGUCAUUCGCAUUUUAAAAACAGAAGAUGAAGCUGCACGAGAAGUGGUAAUUGAAAGUAUUUCUGCUGAAUUGAUUGAAGCGUUGACUUGA